GUGAGGAUGCUGUUCCCCGUUAACCGAGCCGAAAGGAUAAACGGGCGCCGCGGGGAAAUAAACAGAAACAGAAAGAGCGGCGUUACGAGGCAGAGUCCGAGUUUAAAGCUCGAUAAACAUCCGCAGUGUUGGGUCGGGUCGGGUCGUCGUGUUUUUAGCUCUUUGCUCCUGUGUGCGGUUCCUCUGUUCUGGGCUGCAGGAGACCGGCUGGUGUUCUGCUGUGGUGUGCCUCCCUGUCAAACCGUGCUACCCUAGUGAAUACAUGCCCGACAUCAUGAGCUGGUCCUGGCCGCUGCUGCCCGCCCUUGUUCUGUCUUCUGUUCUUUCAUUGGUAACAGUGCAGACCGCACCCUGCCAGACUUGCCGCAAACUCACAGAGAACUUCAUCAAGGGUCUGGAGCGAACAGCCAAUAAAAACUUUGGUGGCGGAAACACAGCUUGGGAGGAAGAGAAGUUGGCCAAAUAUGCUCGCAGUGAGACACGUCUUUUGGAGAUUGUGGAGGCUGCUUGUGAGAAAUCAGAUUUUGAGUGCAACAGACUGUUAGAGCAGAUUGAGGACCAGGUAGAGACCUGGUGGUUUCACAGGCAACAGGAGGCACCUGACUUGUUUGAGUGGUUGUGUAUUGAAGAGCUCAGGCUGUGCUGUCCGCCGGGUCGCUUCGGACCUGAAUGUUCUGAAUGUCCGCUGGGUGCUGGGGGUGUGUGUGGUGGCCUUGGUCGAUGUGAGGGUGAGGGAACUCGUCUGGGAGAUGGAGAGUGUGUGUGUGAUCCAGGAUAUUCGGGCCCACUGUGUCAGGAGUGUGCAGAUGGGUACUACAGAGAAAAAAGCUCCAACGGCACGCGGGCACCGUGCUCAGCCUGCUAUCACGCCUGUAAAAAGUGUAGCGGCCCACAAGAAUACAAGUGUCUGGACUGCAAGCCUGGCUGGAUUCAUCAUGACAACAAGUGUGUGGAUGUAGAUGAGUGUGGAACUGAGCUGGCCCGCUGUCCGUCCAACACCUACUGCUUUAACACUGACGGCUCAUACGAAUGCAGAGGUUGUGACCAAGCGUGUGUGGGCUGUAUGGGCAGCGGUCCUGCUCGCUGUAAGAAAUGUUCCCGAGGCUACAGACUGACUGGAGCCAAGUGCCUCGAUGUGAAUGAAUGUAAGGAGAAAGCAAUAGCGUGUCCUGGUCUGAAUGAAGCCUGUAUUAAUGAGGAGGGCUCGUUUCGCUGUGAAUGUGCAGAAGGCUUCAUACGCAGAGACAGCAUCUGUGUGGAGAACCUCCCGCCCACUGGUCCAGAGAAGGGCUUAUUCGACGACAUGACAGACGAUGAGGUGCUGGUGCUUCAGCAGAUGUUUUUCGGUGUGGUGAUCUGCGCGCUGGCUACGCUAGCUGCUAAAGGAGACAUGGUUUUCACUGCCAUCUUCAUCGGGGGUGUGGCAGCUAUGGCAGGCUACUGGCUCUCAGAAAAAGGUGACCGCGUGCUGGACGGCAUCCUUAAAGGACGUUAACCAACGAGCUGCUCAGGAACUUGAGAGUAAGGGUGGGGCUACUGGACUGCAAGCCUAUUGGGCAACAGAAACUUGAAGAAGUGGGAGGGUAUGGGAGGAUGAUGGGCGUGGCUAUAUGAGUGCAAGCCAAUCAGGGAAUUUGGAGGAUGAGCAGAGGAGCGUUGGCUGUGGUGGUUCUCCUGGUUCCAGGACAGGCUGGGCAGUGCAAGUUUGUACUAUGCUAAUUUAUACGCUGUGUUUCCACGGUAAGGUUUCUCUGCUGCUCACUAUAAGAGACUUUACUUAGGAAACUUUUUAAUACACGUCAACCUGUUUAAGAUACUGGAACGCUGUGUAGAGUGCACUGAUGCUUGGCAGGUGAUGGGAUACGUUGCUAUAUGUUGGCUUUAUGCGCCACAAAGCUUAAAGCUGAGUUUUUGUUUUCUGGUCAUAUAGAUACGGUUAUUUUGGUUUAUGUAAAUUAUUUCUACGUUUUAUCUUUUAACCAUUCUAUUCUUUUGUCGAGACACCACCAGAAGCAUGGUGUAGGAAUGUUUCAAAUGUAUGAAGAACACAUGCUUAUAUCUAAAGCUACAGAUAAGAGCAAUGGGAAGAAAAAACAAUGAGCCACUCUUAUAAAGCCACUGAGGAACAGGAAAGAAAUACAGCUCUAAAACAAAGAGAUUUUAUCAACCAUUUCAAGUAAAUAUUUAACUGUUAUUAUCAUGCGGAUCAGUUAUAGAAUAAAGUAGAUCAAUAGGAGCGCUGUAUGAUAAAGCAAACAUUACAGUUAUUCAUUUUGCUAUUUAAAUAAAAAUUUUUUGGCAUUUAACCUAAAAACUAGAUGCUAUGUGAUAAGUUAUAUUUGUAUUAAUUUGAAAUAUUUGUUUCAUGCGUAUGAAUUCAUUUGAUGUAAAACAAAA